GAAAGCAACAUGGGUCACCAACAGCUCUACUGGAGCCAUCUGAGAAAAUUCGGCCAGGGUUCUCACUCUUGCUGGGUCUCCUCAAACCAGCAAGGUCUGAUCCGGAAAUACAGCCUCAAUAUGUGCCGCCAGUGUUUCCAGCUGUACGUGAAGGACCCCUGCUUCAUUGAGUUGGACUAA